AACAGAGUAUGUCCUCACUCAAUCAGCGAGGGUUGUUGAUUUGCUCUUGGCUACUCGUAUUGCAGUAAACUCUUAAUUAACUAUGUGGCACAGUUGCUUGCCGUUUUGUUUCUUGCUCCGGUUAUUAUAAAAUUUCUUAGAAUCCGAAGAGUUCUUAAGCCAUGCCGGUAUCAAAAGUGACCAAGGAUGACUCCGCGAUCCGAAUUGUGCAGAAUCCGGUGCAUUUUAUCCGCUCGCGCUCGUGUGGUGAUUUGUCUGCGUUUAAUCCUGCCUUUGACGAUGUGAUGAAAAAAGCGAUCGAAAAGAACUCGUAUGCGAAACGUUUCAAGCCCCUUAUCCGACAGCUGGUACUGCUGUCUCUUGCCCGCAACUUGCUUUUAUGUACAGCCCUUGCCGUUCAGUUUAUACCAAGUCAAACGGAUCAUAAGCGUGAAAACCAAGAACAUCAACAUCAAAAGGAGGAAAAGCGAGACCGACCUCCCUUCCUUUGGCUGUGGGAGUGUCUGCCUGCCAUUCAGGGAUUAACUAUGGGAAUAUCCCUUGCCGACGUAUUCUUUGCGGUGCUGCUGUGGCACUGUGGGCGGCAAAUGCGCGGACCGUGGCACCUAUCGGCCGGCAAUCGAUGGGACGGCAUGUUACCCGGUAAUCCAUGCGACGGCGCGCAGAUUUCCAUAGGCUGCUAUGAAAGCGAUCUCCUCACUCAAUAUCUGGAGCUGCACUGCGGCUUCGCCAUACUGGCCACGGCCGGCCUGCAGCUCACCGUGGGGAUCAUCCUGUUCUUGUACCCUCGAUUUUUCUUGGCGCUCUGGCUGCAUCUUCUCUACAACUUGUGGCAUUUCUCUACCGUGGAUGCGGUGGUAUACAAGUUUCUAGUGGAAAUGAUGGCCCUUCCGUCUUUCGGUUUAGCGGUGGUCGGCCUGAUUACUGCGCACCGGUGUCGCUCCAUGAUUCUGCAGUUUCGACGGAUCUUUUGGACCGAGAUGCGUGUCAGUGUUGACUUUAAUAUGUCGCUUUUCACGGCGUGGUUAAUUGGGAAUUUGUCGGUGCUUUUCUAUCCCGUGCGCCGCAUUAUGCGUGACCGUCGUUCAUUUUGGUCGGUCAUUUGGAUGUUGUCUCUGAUCUUCGGUGGCGACGAGGAGUCUUCAGUGUUGGCGACUAAGCACUAGCCUCAAAUCUGCCGGUGUGCUGCGAUUCUUUUCAACGAUCUGGUCCGUCCGAUAAUUUUCGACUAGUCCCGUCAGAUUAGCGAUUUAAAAGUUACUGUAGCCGCCCGCACAAGUUGCUCCACUGGCAGAUCCGGCAGUUGCCUUCUCCCUGCAUACG